AUGGCGGAUAAAGUAGUUSUUGGUGUUCAUGUUGGAAGCACGUCUACAUGUAUUGCUGUUUGCAAGGAUGGAAAAACAGAGAUUUUGACCAGCGAUUCUGGUGAACGAGUGACACCCGCGGUUGUCGCAUUUUCCGGUAAAGAAAAGAAUGUUGGUCUGCAUGCCAAGCAAGGUCUAAUAAGGAAUUCAAAGAACACAAUUGUACGGGCAAAGAAAGUAAUUGGUUUAAGAUUUUCUGAUGAAAUUGUACAAGAAGAAAUAAAAAGCUCUGAUUGUAAGAUAAUAGAAAAGGAUGAUUAUCCAUACUACACCACAGAAAGUGAAGGCAAAUCUAUUACAGUCUCUCCAAAAGAAGUAUUGACAGAAAUUYAUGGAAAGAUGUUAGAAACUGUGACAUCAUAUUCUGGUGCAGGUGACAAAAGUGUUGUUCUUGCUGUUCCUCAUGACUUCAGUGAAGACCAGAGAAAGACAUUAGGGGAAGCAGCAGAAGCAGCAGGAUUCCAUGUUCUCAGGUUGAUUACUGAACCUUGCGCUGCAAUUCUAGCUUACGGUAUUUCUCAAAAUGAAAGAUCAGUUGACAGUACUGUGUUAGUGUACCGUCUAGGUGGCACCAGUACUGAUGUUAGUAUAGUGUCAAUCACAAAUGGCAUGUACAGAAUCCUAGCGCAUCAAAGGGAUCAUACUUUAGGAGGAAGAAACUUUGAUGAAUUAAUUGCUAAUCACUUGGCCUUAGAGUUUAAAAGACAAUGGAAGAUAGAUCCCUUAACGAAUAAGAGAUCUACAGCCAAGCUGUAUUCAGCUGCUGAAAAUAUUAAAAAUGUCCUAUCAAACCUGGAUUCAGCACCAGUCACUAUUGACACUUUGUGUGAAGGCUUUGAUUUUCAAACCAAGCUCUCAAGAGCGAGAUUCGAGUCAUUAUGCAGCCAGCUAUUCCAGCAGUGUUUGGUAACGAUCGAACAGGUGCUGACCAAAGCACUGCUAACCAAAAAUGAUAUUGACAAGGUUAUAUUGGUCGGCGGUACCACCCGCAUACCAAAAAUACAACGCAUUUUGAAAGAGUACUUUGUAGGGAAAGAGAUAUGUAGACGUAUUGACCCUGAUGAGGUCAUAGCCUAUGGAGCCGCUGUAGAGGCAUCUAUACUACAAGGACGGAAAGAACAAACAGAUUCUCUUUUAGAUGAAGUACAAUGCAUGGCCAAAACUAUAAGUGUUUCGGUUGGUGCUGAUACUCCAAGACUGAUUCCUGUUAUUCCCAAAUUUUCUCCUUUUCCUUUAAGAAAGACUCACACUUUUACGACCUCACAAGACAACCAGGAAAGUGUUUGCUUGUCGGUAUAUGAAGUAGACGACUCCUUGAAAGGGGAAGAAGUAUCAAGCAAAGUUCUUCUUGGCAAGAUAAUUCUGAAAGAGCUCUCUUCCGUGUCAAAAGGAGAACUGAAAUUUUCAGUCACGUUCCACGUAAGGAAGGAUGGCUCGAUGCACGUUCACCUGGUAGAAAGACAGUCCAACAAAGCAUCUGAUAUUACCAUAGAAACAAGUUGAUAUCGUAGCUUUUGUAGGUUUUGUCUGGAUCCUUUCCUCGACCGCCUGAUCUGUGUUCAUAAGAAAUAAUAAAAUUUCACUUUACACGUUGCAAAGUAGCACUA